AUGUCGAACAACGCCAAUCCCGCUCUUCAGCACCCCGCCAUCAUCGAAGCGGCCGCGGGGCCUGUGGAUGAAAACGAAUUCGACCCUGUGGACUGGGAUGUGUCUUCCGUCGAGUCGGCCUCCGUUACCUCCAGCGUCUAUUCUCACGAGUACGACAAUGGACGUCGCUACCACAGCUACCGCCACGGCCGGUAUCCUUUGCCAAAUGAUGACGAGGAGCAGGGCCGGGAGAACAUGAAGCAUGUGAUGAAUCUUGAACUCUGUGCACUGGCAAUCUUGGGCAUCGACCUGUCACCAAUCCAGCCGGGGUGGAUUCCCCCCAACGUGAAGUUCCUCGUGGAUGAUGCUGAGGAUGAUUGGCUGAAUGGCGACAAUUUUGACCUGGUCCACUUCCGCAUGAUGGGAAUGUCGCUGAAGAAAAUUGACAAAGUCAUUGCCAGUUCGUACAAGCACUUGAAGAACGGCGGCUGGAUCGAAUUUCAGGAGCUCCAUGGAGAAGUCCAGUGCGACGACGGCACCGUUCCAAAAGAUGACACGGUCAAACGCUUCUGGGAAAUGGGCAACGAAGCCUUCAGCCUCUUUGGCCUUCAGUUCCAUAAUGCUCGCGACAUGAAGCCCCGGCUCGAAGCAGCCGGCUUCAAGAACAUUCAAUGCGAGGUGAAGAAAUGCCCCAUUGGCACCUGGCCAAAGGAUCCUACCUUGCGUCUCGUUGGCAAAUACAUGCAAGAAGCGCUCAGCGGCGUCGCUGCAGCAUUUGUCGGUAAGCCUUUUGAGGCAUUGGGUAUUGAGGCGGUUGAGAGGCAGGUAUGGCUGGCGACUCUCAGAAAGGCCAUCAAAGACAGGAGCGCGCAUCGCUACAUGAAUCAGUACUUCUGGUACGCACAGAAACCUGAAGAUGCGCCUGAGAAUGACGGUCCUGAAGCAGGAUCAUCUGACGAUGAGGUGGCCUGA